AUGUCUUCGCAGGCCUUAGCGGGCGAGAGAAGACCGGUUUCCUCGACACUUCACGGCCGUCGCUCUACAUUGCGGCAGCGGCAAUCGCAUUCAAUCCCAUUUUCUGGAACAUCGUGGCUCGACGAGGCAAGAACUACGACGACGAAUGAGGCGCUUGUGCUAACGGAGACAGAGCACAAAACCCACUUUUUAACCAAAGCAUUUGGGUCGCCUUACUACGGCUGCUAUGCGUUGGCAAUCACCAUCUUCCUUAUCGGCGUGAUUCGGGACUCGCUCUACAAGUCUGCAUUGGAAGAGCAGCCCAUCUACCCGCCGCUACACCAACCGGCACUGGGUGUCCUCUUGUUCCUGAGCGGCAAUGUCCUGGUGCUGACGAGUAUGUGGGCCUUGGGCGUCACCGGCACGUACCUAGGCGACUACUUCGGCAUCCUCAUGGAUGAGAAGGUGGAAGGGUUCCCGUUCAACGUCACAGGCGCACCAAUGUACUGGGGCAGCACCCUCUCCUUCUUGGGAACUGCCUUGUACUAUGGCCGUGUUGCUGGGCUGCUUCUCACAUUGGAGGUGUUUGUGAUGUACCUCGGUGCACUGCAAUUUGAAGACCCCUUCACGGCCGAGAUUUACGCGCAGAAAGAAUCGAGGCCUGUAACUCGAUCCAUGUCGAAGCAGAAGGAUCGCAAGAAGGCGUGA